AUGAUAAGUAGCCAUACAUACACAGUAGAUAAUGGGCUUGGAUACCAUUAUUUGUUUUUAAUUCCUCUGUUAAUUUUUCUUACGGCAAGAUUUAUUUAUUUAAUAUUUAACCGUGGAAAAUUAAAAAAUAACCUCUCGUCAGUCAAGACCAUGAUUAUCCUCGGCUCUGGUGGUCACACUACAGAAAUGUUCAAGGUGUUAAAUUUCCUAGACUUAGAUAAAUAUUCCCCGCGAGUUUACGUCCACGGGCACAGUGAUCUAAUGAGCGAAUUAAAACUUAAAAGUUUUGAAGUAGACAAUGAUUGCAAAGUGAUUAAAAUUUUCCGCAGCCGAGAAGUCGGCCAGUCUUAUUACACGAGUGUCAUCACCACUUUGAUAGCGUUUAUUAAUGCUGGAGUAAUUAUGUUUAGAGAAAAGCCGGAUUUGAUUCUGGCUAAUGGUCCUGGCACAUGUGUUCCUUUGUGUUUAGUUGCUUUUAUUUUUCAAUUGUUUUUUUUUAAUGACACUACUGUCAUUUUUAUUGAAAGCUUUUGCAGAGUUAAAACUCUUUCGCUUACUGGAAAAAUUUUGUACUUUUUUGCUGAUCAUAUUAUUUUACAGUGGCCUUAUAUUUGUCGGGAAAAAUAUAAUGUACAUGUUAUUAAAUAAAUAAAUAAAUAAAUUUUAUGACAAUUAAGUUA